CACUGAGGAUCAAGUUCGAGUACAGGAUAAGCUGAUGUUCCAUCGUCUUUUUUGGGCUUUUAAACCAUGCAUUGACGGAUUUGGGUUCUGCAUACCGGUUAUUCAGGUUGACGGAACUUUCCUUACUGGGAAGUACAAAGGAUGUCUUCUAAUUGCCACUGGCGUUGAUGGAAACAGGCGGAUUUUCCCGCUUGCAUUUGCAUUAGUGGAGGGGGAGAACAGCUUAAGUUGGGCUUGGUUCUUUGACCAACUGCACGAGCACGUGACACAGCGGGAAGAUAUUACGAUCAUAUCCGAUCGACAUGCGGGGAUAAGGAAUGCUGUUGGUGGUUUUCCCGACGAGUGGGGGUGGAGAUGGAGAUGGUGUAUUCGACACUGGCUCGCCAAUUUCCAACACAAAUUUGGGAAGAAGAAAGACAUCAAGAAUCUACUUUGGAAUGCAGCGGUUGCACAUCAACCAAAAAAGUACGAGGAGAAGAUGAAAACGAUCCGUCAGACCCACCGAGCUGGAGCAGUAUGGGCUGAAGGUCAAGAGUUGCCCAUGUGGACGUUCCAUAUGGACAACGGGGCCAGAUGGGGCAUUGCAACUACCAACCAUGGAGAAAGUAUAAAUAAUGUGUACAAGGGUCUUCGAGCGAUGCCUAUUUCUGUCAUCGUGGAAAUGUCUUAUUGGAAGGUCAACGAGUGGCGAGUUGCUCGGCUACAGCAAGCUAUAGGGAGGGAGUUGCAAGGGCAUUCAAUAGCACAUGACGUAUUCGCUCAAAUGCAGAAGAACGAUGAAAAAUCAAGUAAGCAUAAGGUUGUUCUUUUUAACCGCAGUGAAGGAAUAUUCGCUGUCGAAACAGGUAUUUGGGGUGGAGGGAGACGUGGUCACAAUCGGCAAACGGUUAAAUUGCACUACGAAUUAGGG